CCCCUGGCUACCAUCUUCUUUAACUUGUAAACGUUGAGAGCGAGCUCUCCACCGGAUGCCAUCACUGACAGAGACACCAGGAGUGAUGUCACUGCUCCGGCACGCCACCGACGGCCGCCGGUCCAAAACGGGCGGCGGAGGGGUCUUCAAAAUGUUCAAGCUGCUCCCCAUGUUGAGCUCUGGUUGCAAGAUGGUGGCACUGUUGGGCAGGCCCAGCAAGACAUUGCUGGCCGACAAGGCGAUCGCGGUGACCUUCUUCGGGUACCGGCGGGGAAGGGUCAGCCUGGCCAUCCAGGAGGAUCCGAGGUCACCUCCCUUCUUCCUCAUCGAGCUGCCCAUGCUCACCAGCUCUCUCCACAAGGAGAUGGCCUCCGGCUUGGUCAAGAUCGCGCUGGAGAGCGAGACCCGGACGCACAAGAAGAAGCUGGUGGAGGAGUACGUGUGGGCCGUGUACUGCAACGGCCGGAAGUCGGGGUACUCGAUAAGGCGGAAGCAGGUGUCCGACGAGGAGCGGCACGUAAUGCAGCUGCUGAGGGGGGUGUCGAUGGGCGCCGGCGUCCUGCCCUGCCUCUCCGAGAAGGACGCAGCCGACGGGGAGUUGACGUACAUGAGGGCGCGGUUCGAGAGGGUGGUCGGAUCCAAGGACUCGGAGUCGCUGUACAUGAUCAACCCUGAUGGAUCCGGCGGGGCUGAGCUGAGCAUCUUCCUCGUGAGGUUGAAGUGAAGAGAGAGCUCGUCUCGGCUUUGUGUGCUUCUGUAUAUAUUCCCUUCUCACUCCUAAUCUUCCAUCUUUUUGCUCGA